AUGCAAAGAAUGCAAUCUUUUUUUUUUUUUAUAAAUUUCAACAUUUUGAAGACUAUGUGUAUUCAAUAUUCUAAAAUGGGUUCAAGAUUUUCUAGAGUGAAGCAAGUUUUGGCAAAACGCAACAUAAAGAUUUUAAUGUUGGGUCUUGAUGAUUCUGGGAAGACAACCAUCUUGUAUAAACUAAAGCUUGGGGAAUUUGUAGCAACUGUACCCACAAUUGGGUUUAAUGUAGAAAGUGUGGAGUACAAGAACGUAAGAUUCAACGUGUGGGAUUUAGGAGGGCAAGAUAUGAUUCGGCCUUUGUGGAGACAUUAUUACCGAAAUACCCAUGUGCUUAUCUUCGUAGUAGACAGUAAUAACAAACGAAGAAUUUAUCAAGCCCGAAACGAGUUGCAUCGCCUUAUAAAUGAGGAUGAAUUGAGUGAUGCAACAAUACUUAUUUUUGCCAAUAAGCAAGAUUUGCCUGGUGCUAUGCAUGUGUCCGAGGUCGCAGAUAAACUCAAAUUGCAUACUAUUUCUCAACGCCGUUGGCACAUACAGAGUACUUGUGCGAAAACAGGGCAAGGACUGAAUGAAGGCCUCAUCUGGCUAACCAACAAUAUUCCCGAUAAAGUGGCACAGACAAACUCGUGCAUAUCUAUUCCGGCUCGUAGAAUCUGUGGUAAGGAGAAGGUUGGUGGGAUUUUGGUGAAAAAUGCCAGUUUUAGUGGUUUGGAUAUUUUGGGAAAGGUGAUGGUGAUAGGUGAUGAAAUCAAUAGAGUAUUCUUGAUUCCAUUAAGAAUGGCGUAA